GUUCCCGUGCCUGCACCUGGCAUUUCCAUCAACAAAUACCUCCAGCAUAUCAUUAUCACCCCUAGCAAUCCCUCCAGCUCGAGCAAUGUGCUCAAUCGAAGAGUGAAUGCGAUUCUAAGCGCGAGACGACAACACUCAUCCACGCCUCCGAAGCUCCGUCAUUGUUACCACCACCCCCACCCACCACCAGGAUGCCUCUCUUCGACGCGCGCGACAUCCUCUCCUUCCCCGGCGGCAACAACGCCAGCGACACCGUCAUCGCGGGGAUAAACUUCAAUCUCACCACUCUCCAGCACUGGAACUACACCCUCUACUCCAAUGGGACCCUCUCGAACAACUCAAACUGCUUCCUCACCUUCGAGCCAUACACCCCGCACCUCCUCGCCAACGGCACAUUCCUCAACACGACAUCAUGCUACAGCCCCUUAAACGGCCUCGGGAACCGUGCGAAGCCCGGCAUAGCCCUAGGUGUCUUCUUCGGCCUCAGCCUCGUCUUCACAAUGAUCAACCUGCGCAAGCACGGAAGGCUCUUCCUGCCAUCUGAGAAGCGCUUCCACGCCAUCGGGCGCCGCUGGCAGUGGUACUGGAUGCUCUGGGUAGCCGGAUGCGGGAUGGCCAGCGGCUUCACCAGCGUCGACGUCGACCGCUACUACCUUCCCGAGUGGCCACUGAUCCUCAACUCCAUCUUCUGGUACCUGAUGAUCCCCAGCACCCUAGCCGUCGUAUGGGAAAGCGUGCGCCACUGGGGAAGUUGGCAAGAGCGCCAAGUCAUCGACCCAGACCCCUUCAUCCUAAGCCAAAACGACAAAAGAGGCCGGAGGGAAUUCUACAUGCCCCUCGUCUUCUACGGCUUCGGCUUCCUCCACUUCUUCAUGGCCGUCCCCCGCAACUGGACACCAAUUUCCUACCAACGCUCCCCCGACCAAACCCUCCAAGUCGCCGCUCCCCAAGCGACAGACGGGCGCUUCAAAGCCGGCGCCGUGUUCCUCUUCUUCGCCUGGUGCACCAUCCUCUUCUCCCUCGCCCACUCCAUGCACUACUACACCCCGCGCCCCUCGCUCUUCCGCACCAUCCUCUCCACCCCCCCGGCCUUCCUCCUCACCCUCCCCCUCUCCCUCACAAUAGUAGCCUACCAAUUCCUCUCCGCCUUCUCCUUCGCUCACUCCCCGCUUAACCUCCACGCUUCCCCAGCAAUAAUCUACCCCCUGGGAUGGGCACCAAUCGUGUUCAUCUUCAUCAUCCACGAAAUAGCGGGGUACAUCCACCCCAACGAAGACCGCGAACUAAUCCGCCAACGCCGCCUCCGCGGCCAGGAACUCGACCGCGAAAUGGGAUAUACGCGCAAACCCCCCUGGUGGCGCCGGUUGAACGGCAACCAAAACAUGACCGUGCAGCAAGCCCUCGCCCGGAACGCUCAGGAAGUCAGCGGUACCGCUCCCAGAACGGCGGAUGGCUCGGUGGCGAAAGAUGAUGUGGAGAUGUCGCCUAUGCUGCCGUCGAAGCGAAAUCUAGAUCGCGAGGUGAGGAUUGAUAAUACACCCGCUGGUCGCGCGCUAGCGCGUCGCGAGGGCAGGAAGGAGGCGGAGCUGGAUGAGGCGCUGCGAGAGGCGGCGAGAGCGCUGUUCCCGGCGCCGGCGGAGAGGAAGAAGACGGAUCCGGCGUAUUUGAUGAGUGAUGAUUUGGAGGAUCGCGGACGGCCGGGGGUGGGGACGGGGGCGGGCGUGGGGGGGGAUGAGAGUGGGAGGAGUGGGAGUACGGGGAGUGUGGAGUCGGGGACGACGAUGGUGGGGGCGAAGCCGCAGGUUGUUAAGAGUAUGUUGGAUAUUUAGGGUAAAAAGGGGGGGAUGGGGUUGUGGUUGGUCUUGAUUUGGGGGGUUGGGAUAUUGGGAUUUUGGGAUAAUUAGGGGGUAUUUGGGAUGGGAUAUAACUAUGGCAUAAAAUGGUACAUACACGGCGGCGGUUAUGGGCGUGGGCACUCGAAUUCGCUUUUUUAAUAUAUAUUGAUUCAUAUACAACUUCUAUACUUGCA